CUAUUGUUUAGUGUAUCUAAGAGAUCAUCAGGCAACUGUUUUGUUGGGGAGGGGUGAAGAAGAGGCGAAUGGUAGAACCGGAGCCGGCAGCUUUAUGACAUUAUCAAAAGGUUGGUUAUUGUUGAUAGCGGCAGCCGCUUUGGGAGGUGGAAAGAUCUCGUUAAAAGGAUGAAGCUCAUUAGGUGAGACUAUUAUAGACCUAAACAUUGGCAAUAUUUUUGUGGGGAUUUGCACUGCACUGCAAUUUUUGCUUCUUCAUUCAAUGCCUAACAUAGAAGCGGACAGAGUUACAAACGUUUCAGAAAAUAACGACCGUAAACCAAAGAGUCGGCCUCUGAGGAAUAAUCUCCAUGAAACUGCGAAAUCCUACAAUAUACAAGAUGCUGCCACAGCAAACAUUGGGCCUUCUGCAGAAAGACAUUAUCCACCCUGGGGAUGUCCUGUGACACACACAAAGGAAAAGUUCUAUACCAUCUGCGCAGACUACGCCUUUUUAAAUCAAGCAACAUCUCUUUGCAAAUCAUCUAGCUCUGUCUGCAGCUCAAGCUCAGAGGACAAAUCUGCUUUGAGCAAUGCAAUAAAUUACAAUGAUCUUCAGACCAGCGAAUCAGAUUGUGUAUACAAUGAGGAUGCAAGCUUGGAUUCUAUAUCUAGCCAUCUUGGUACGCGUCCACUUUCCUGGGAAAUUGAUACAUCAGACUUCAGCACAAUGACUUCCAAGUUAAAAAGCAGAUCAGGUGUAAAUAAACAAACGCCUAAGAAAAAACCUGACAGGAAGGCCAAACCAUUAAGGGACUGUCCGCAACACUUAAUCCUGGAUGAUGUUAAACAGCGGAAAGUUCUAGACCUCAGGCGAUGGUAUUGUAUCAGUCGACCUCAGUACAAGACAUCGUGUGGCAUUUCUUCUCUGGUAUCAUGCUGGAACUUUCUUUACAGUACUCUGGGAGCAGGAAGCCUUCCACCAAUUACUCAAGAGGAAGCUUUACAUAUUUUGGGCUUUCAACCACCUUUUGAAGAGAUUAGGUUUGGUCCUUUUACUGGGAACACAACUUUGAUGAGAUGGUUCAGACAAAUCAAUGAUCAUUUCCAUGUAAAAGGAUGCUCCUAUGUCCUGUACAAGCCACAUGGCAAGAACAAGACAGCAGGAGAAACUGCUGUUGGGGCACUAUCAAAGUUAACACAAGGGCUAAAAGAAGACUCAACUGCCUACAUUUAUCAUUGUCAGAAUCAUUAUUUUUGUCCAAUUGGUUUUGAGGCAACCCCUGUGAAGGCAUCCAAAGCAUACAGAGGCCAGCAUUUCCCACAUGAAGUGGAGUAUUGGAUUUUAAUUGGUGAGCCAAGCCGAAAACACCCCACAAUUCAUUGCAAAAAGUGGGCAGAUAUUGUUACUGACUUAAAUACUCAAAAUCCAGAAUAUUUUGAUAUUAGACACACUGAAAGAGGCCUUCAAUACAGGAAAACAAAAAAGGUUGGAGGAAACCUUCACUGCCUUCUGGCAUUUCAGAGACUCAGCUGGCAAAGAUUUGGUCCAUGGCCUUUGCAGCUUGGAAACCUUAGGCCAGAACCCCAGCCACCUGUACAAGGAAGAAGAAUCCCUAAAUCUGAAAGUGAGGAUAAUGUCUCCAAGAAACAGCAUGGACGGCUGGGGAGGUCAUUUAGUGCUGGAUUUCAGCAAGAUCUUGCAUGGAAAAGAAUGUGUAAUAUACGUGAGCGCAGGGGCAGUGGCUCACCUGAAAGUGAUACGGACUGUGAAGGAAAUGAUUGAAUUAUAAGAAGUGUCAUUUGUAGUUUUGGGUUCAUGGCACUCCCAUCAAGUUAACAUUAGGAAUAUAAUGCUAUGCAUGGUUGGUAGACAUCUAUAGUGCUCUCCCAUUAAUCAUAAAAUCUCUGCAAUCUUUUUACAAUCAUUUUCAACUUCUCUCUUAUAAACACCAUGGCUGAUCUGCAGUAAACUGUAUAUUGUGUACUGGCACAUAAGGGGUGUUUUCAUUAGACAAUAACAUCAUUUACUGCAAUAUCUGGCCUGAAAAAUGACUACAAAAAAUAAUGUUUUAAUCUUCUCCAUCUCUAAUGUGCAAGCAGGUAGAAAAUGGAGUCUUCACUGUUAUCCCGAACUUAUAAAGUGAAGUCAUGUGCAGUACUCUGACCCAGUAAGUCCCAUGCCACUGCUGCAAUACUGUGACACCUUUAUCAAAAAUCGUAAUUUUAACAAAAUGUUACUUUUUCAAUAAUCACAAUAUUAUUCAGUCAUUUUGAUUUAUUAAAAAUCUCAAAUGGUUUCAUUUCGAUCCUGUUAAUUUGCAGUGAAAAAUCACAUAAAAGCUGCAAAUUGCAAUUUUUCCUUUCAUUUUCAAGCAAAUUGAUAAAUCCGAUUUUUUAAAAAAAAAAAAAAAAAAAAAAAAAGCAAUUACCAGCUUGCUUAAAUGGAAAGUGAAUACAUAUCUACCAUUAACUUCUAUGGCAUCAGAAUAGGUUUUAGGUGGCAUGAUUCCAAUAAAUUACAAAAUCUUGCUAAAAAAAAAUCACAGUGAAGGGGAAAAGUUGGAAUUUGCCUCAACUUUGCAAAAUUUUCUGCAAAAUGAUAUUUGAUUAUUGAUAAAUCAUCCCCUAUGUAUUCUAAAAUGAUAUAUAUAUAUAAUUUUUUUUUUUUUUUCUAAAACUAUUAUAAUCUCUGUGGGGUGCCCACAGAGAUUUUAACUUUCAUUGUCCUUUAAAACACAUGCUAUACCACUAUUGGACAGACAGAGUUGGUGCUUUUUCUUGAUUUCAAAAAAACUUGAGCACAAAUAUAAGUGCACAAGUAUUUUCUGAAACUCAAAUAAAUGGGAUUUAUUAAAGAAAAAAAAAACUCGGUAAAUAAAAGCUGGCGAGUUUCUAUAGAAGUAAAUGGGAAUAGCCUCUAAUAACUUUACUUAUUAUUUUUAUUUACUGUAUAUUCUUUAAGAAAACAUUCAACAUUUUCAGCCUCAUUGAAAAUGAAUGAAACCAUGUGAUUUUUGCUGCCAUUUUUUCUUAUGCAACAAAACACAAAUGUGAUCAUACUGUUUAAGCUUUUUUUAAGUAAUCAAGCAAUCGUGGGAAAAACUUGGUAGCGGAAAAAGAACUUGGUCGCAUAAAAAAGUUUUGUUUUCUUUUUCUUGAGAUUUUUUCUUUUAUAUCCUCUGCUUACAUAUACAAUUUUAGGGUACUGCACAGGUGCCAUUUGUCUUUGCAUUUUCACAGAUACAAAAUAUCAGGAACUAAUGAGAAGUGAUCACCUAAAUGCAAUGUCAAUGUAAUUUAACAGACGUUUUUCAGAUGUAUAAUUUAUUGAUGUGACAGGACAUUGUGAUGAGAUAGGAUUUCAGAUUCAGAAACAGAUAAGGUUCUGUGGCAAUGAAACAUUUUCAGUACAGGUGUGGGAUCCGUUAUCUAGAAACCCGUUAUCCUGAAAGCUCCAAAUAAUGGAAAGGCCAUCUUCCAUUCCAUUUUAUUUAAAUAAUCCAAAUUUUUAAAUAUGAUUUCCUUUUGCUCUGCAUUAAUAAAACAGUACCUUGUACUUGAUCAGAAGCAGAACCAGCUUAUUGGGUUUAUUUAUAGUGAUGGGCGAAUCUGACUCAUUUCGCUUUGCCCAAAAUUGCCGAUAUGGGGAAAAUUGGCAUAAUCUAUUGAAGUCUAUAGUUGACAAAUACUUUUUUGAUGGUCACCAAAUUGUGCAACAAAUUUUUGACGCGCUACACAUUUUUUUUCACCCCUUAGAGUCUAUUGGUGUCAUUUUCAUGGCAAAACUUGGCAAAAAUGUUCGCUCAUUACUAUUUAUUUAAUCUUUUCAUGGUUUUCUAGUAGACGUAAGGUAUGAAGAUCCAAAUUAUGGGAAGAUCCGUUAUCCAGAAAGCCCCAGGUCCCGAGCAUUCUGGAUAGCUGGUCCCAAACCUGCACUUGCUUCACUUGGAUUGUUCAAAAGAAGGAGAAGAUAUAAGCACAUCUUUUUAGUAAACUUCAUUUUUUUGUAAAGCUUUAUAAUUCCUUGAUUUUAGAAUAGAAUGAUGUAAAGAAUAUAAUCUAAUCUGUAACUGAAGAUCCCAGAAAGCAUGAGCUUUCAUUGAGUGCAGUUUGGGCUAUAGAGCAGGUAGGUAGGUAUCAACAUUUGGUAUUUGGGAUGGCCCUUAGAAGCUGGUGAAGCACCGCAGAAUGGGCAUCCCUGCUAUAGAUUAUGCAUGUUUAACAGAGGAUAUCCAUUCAUUUAGAAAUUUCUGGUCUUUUUUGAAGCAGGGUAAUGCAGAAAGUUGUGGUUUAACAAAGACCAGAGGUAAAAGCUUUUCUGGCUGUCGUCAUAUCCAUCUUCUGAUCUGCAUUAUAGACUAAAUAUUGCCUAGCAGAGGACAUUAUUUUUUCAGAUUCCUUUUUCUCUUAUUUUAGCACAUAUCUCUCUGGCCUAUUCAUUUGUGCCAGAAAUGUGAGUAUAAAUGAAUACUAGACUCAACCCACACCACAAGUGUCUAUUCUGCUGGAAAGCUGGCAAAGAGAAGCUACAAAAUGUACAUAAGUAUGGCCAGCAAUAAUGUCUAAAAAUGUUCUUGCUUAUUUUCUACUUUUAUAGUUCUACUUCAUCAAUGUAUCUGCUUCUUUUUCUUUGAUACUGUAACUUUCUUUUCUUAAAUAACUGAUUAAAAUUCAAUGAUGUACA